UGGAACGCGUUAUCCCCAGCGUGCUCCAUCCCCGCGGGCUGCACCCUCGGGGCGCCGGGCAGGGCGGCGAGCCUCGGGACCGCAGCCCCUCCGCUCCUCGCGAAAGCCUGAUGAAGUCCUCCGAUAUUGAUCAGGAUUUAUUUACAGACAGUUACUGCAAAGUGUGCAGUGCUCAACUGAUAUCUGAAUCCCAGCGCGUGGCCCAUUAUGAGAGUCGGAAGCAUGCAAGCAAAGUCCGACUGUAUUAUAUGCUUCACCCCAGAGACGGUGGGUGUCCUGCCAAGAGGCUCCGAGCAGAAAAUGGAAGCGAUGCAGACAUGGUGGAUAAGAACAAGUGCUGCACACUCUGUAACAUGUCCUUUACCUCAGCCGUGGUGGCCGACUCGCAUUAUCAAGGCAAAAUUCAUGCCAAAAGGUUAAAACUGUUGCUAGGAGAGAAAACACCGUUAAAGACUGCAGCCACACCCCUGAAUUCGCUUAAACCCCCGCGGGUGGACACGGCUCCCGUGGUCGCACCUCCCUAUCAAAGAAGAGAUUCAGACAGAUACUGCGGGCUCUGCGCAGCCUGGUUCAAUAAUCCUCUGAUGGCCCAGCAGCAUUACGACGGCAAGAAACACAAAAAGAACGCGGCAAGGGUGGCUUUGCUAGAACAACUCGGCACGUCCCUGGACCUGGGGGAGCUCAGAGGUCUGAGGCGCAGUUACAGAUGCACCACCUGCAGUGUGUCUCUAAACUCCAUAGAACAGUAUCACGCCCAUCUGAAGGGAGCCAAACAUCAGACCAACCUGAAGAACAAGUAACAAGAACGUCUAUCGAGAGAGGAGAAGAGAUGCCAGCAUUUCCCUGCUGUGGAGACUGACCUAUCAGCCAACAAGGAGGCUUCUUUCUUGAACAAUAAACAAUUCUUAGGAGCACUGGAGAAUGACUUAUCAGAUGCCCCAUGAGGCUCCUUUCUCGAACAAUGAUCAAUUCUUGUGAGCAUUCACAGAUUAACACAGGACCAAUCUUGAUUUUGGAAAAUUAAUGAGCAUUCUCUUUUUCUUUAUUUUGUGGUAAAUUAUGGUAUUUGGAUGAGUUUUUAAAAAAUUCAUUCCUGAUAACAUAUUUAGCACAGGUUCUAAAUUAUAAGUAAUAUAGCAACUACAUGGGAGAUUAUUCAAUUUGCAGAUUGGAAAAAAAUUAAUUUCCAACUUAUUCUAGAUUUCAUCAGAGUGUAAUAAUUCUGUGACAUCCUUCAUGAUUGUGACACAAAUAUCUUGUAUCCAAAAAUAAACAUGCUUUUGUCA